UCAUAAAUUAAACUCAAAACGAAUCAGGUAUCUUUACAGUGUCAUUAUAGAUGAUUUGACUAGAGAUCAUGUUUUGAUUGCGUGACGGAUUCUUAGUUUAGAAUAUUUUUGAGUGAAAACAAUAAGUAUGAGUGGUGAUGUGUGAACAAUAGGCUACUUACUGUUCAUUAUUUAUCAUAUUUAUGAUAACUUUUUUGACUCGUGAACGGUACGAGGUGCCACGCGUAUUUCUUUCAGACUAUUUGCAAUAGUGAAACUAGAACAAGUUAGUCGUGCGCCUUAGCUCGGGCUUUUCCUACUCUUAUUAUACAGCGCUUAUAGGUCCGCGUUGGCAUGUAUAGGGAAACGCUGCUUCGGAUCUAAAAGCAUAGCAGAUUAACACAAAUAGGCUACUUCACUUUUUUUCUUUUCUUUUUGCUUCUCACUUAUCAGCGAAGGGAAUUGCCUGGGAGUGUAGAAUCUGUGUUGUUUGGCUCCCCCCGUGAGGAGUUGAAGCCGUCCUCGUGCAUACUCUGCAUAUCACAGGAUUUGGUCUCUCCUCUCUUUCUGUAGCUGCUGUAGGACUGGCUAUGGCCACCGCUACUUCCGGGUUCCGUCAUUUCAUUCUCCCGCCGAUCAGCGCAGCAAACUGACUCUGUUCUAUAAGCAAGCUAGCAGCCAACCUGCCAACACUCGCUGACACUCACUCAUCUCAGACCGCGAGAUAGACGAAAUACCUACGGGGAAAGGAAAGAUCUGAAUUGCAAUCUCUUAAUUUCUAUUGCUUUUUCUUUUUACAGUAAUAAUAAAACAAGAUAGCAAUCCGGAGGCAUAAAGAGGACGCGGACUUGCUGGAUGAAAACGGGCUGAAAAGAUUCAUCCUCUCUUGAACAUCAUCACCAACCAUCAUUCAUUCAUUACCUUGACAACCCCUGGCUUUGAUUGACAGCUGGAGUGGCAAAAAGCCACGAGACACGACAGUUUAGUUACAUGCAGGUUGUUGAUGGGCCGAUUGUAACCUUCAGUUUGGUGCUUGACAUUUUUUUUUAUUUUUGGGGGAAAGAGGAAAACAAGAAAAAUUGCAAAACUCCUCCUGAUGCUUCUGCUUGCACUCUACCACAUUGGAGAAUAGGAGAAUUCGCAAAGUUGGUUGAAAAAGGAAUCUUACCAGUAAAUCACUUUCUAACCUGACUGGGAUAUUAAAUAUACGACACAUCCAGGAGUUUAUUGGAGCGCAGCCUGAUGGCGCAAAGGUACGAUGAGCUGGCCCAUUAUGGUGGGAUGGACGGAGUCGGGGUCCCGGCGUCUAUGUACGGAGACCCGCAUGCUCCACGGCCGCUACCCCAAGUCCAUCACUUGAACCAUGGACCACCGCUCCAUGGCCAGCACUACGGUGCUCAUGCACCCCAUCCCAGCGUUAUGCCCAACAGCAUGGGCUCCGCUGUCAACGAUGUUUUAAAGAGGGAUAAAGAUCAAAUUUAUGGUCACCCAUUAUUCCCGCUGCUCGCGCUGGUUUUUGAGAAGUGCGAGCUGGCGACGUGCACUCCGAGGGAGCCAGGGGUAGCAGGCGGCGAUGUCUGCUCCUCCGACUCCUUCAACGAGGACAUCGCAGUCUUUGCCAAACAGGUCCGAGCAGAAAAACCUUUAUUUUCAUCAAAUCCAGAGUUGGACAAUUUGAUGAUACAAGCCAUACAAGUAUUACGAUUUCACCUUUUGGAAUUAGAAAAGGUGCACGAGCUCUGCGACAAUUUUUGCCACCGGUACAUCAGUUGUUUGAAAGGAAAAAUGCCAAUAGAUCUAGUUAUAGACGAGCGGGAUGGAAGCUCGAAGUCAGACCACGAAGAGCUCUCAGGAUCUUCGACCAACCUAGCCGAUCAC